GCCCUUGCUGCUCUCAGAUGCCGGCCAGGCUUGCAGACAGGUGAAUGCAUUUCAUUGGCUCCAGGGAGGCGUGAUGCCACCGGGCAGCUCUUUUUAAGAGAAAAGCCAGAACUGGUGGAGCGGCGACCCCUGAGCAGUGUUCUCUGUGCUGAGCGGCGGGACUGAGCUGUUGAGUGAGAGCCAACAUGAGUGAGCGACAAGGUGCUGGGGCAACCAAUGGAAAAGACAAGACAUCUGGUGAAAAUGAUGGACAGAAGAAAGUUCAAGAAGAAUUUGACAUUGACAUGGAUGCACCAGAGACAGAACGUGCAGCGGUGGCCAUUCAGUCUCAGUUCAGAAAAUUUCAGAAGAAGAAGGCUGGGUCUCAGUCCUAGCGGGAGAGCCCCCUCCUAUUCCACCUGAAAACACCAAACUCAACAUUACCUGUCAAGAAAUUAAAAGAACAACACCCUAGAGAGAAGUCAUCCACACAGAAUCCACACACGCACAGCAAACCUCCAAUGCAUGUACAGAAACCUGUGAUAUUUAUACCCUUGUAGGAAGGUAUAGACAAUGGAAUUGUGAGUAGCUUAAUCUCUAUGUUUCUCUCCAUUUUCAUUCCUCCUGCAACUAUUUUCCUUGAUGUUGUAAUAAAAUGAAGUUAAGAUGAGUGAAUUCAA